CAGAAUCGAUUGUAACAAAUGAUGAUAUGGAAAUAGAUACUAUUGUAGGUAGUGAACAAAGUGGUGACAAUUAUGAAAGUAAUAACAUCUCCAGAGCAUCAUACUGGGGAAGUUUAUCGACAGCUGAUGAAAUUUCCGGAAACGAUUAUGAACAUUUACCUACAGAAGAAGAAGCAUUUCGGCAAGCGUUGACCUCUCAAGCUAUUAAUAGUGAACAAGUUUAUGAUGUUCAACCUAUUGAAACAUGGAGUUGUCCAAAAUGUACAUAUAAAAAUAACCUAUUAUCAUUGGAAUGUGAGAUUUGUUUGAAUGUACGACCGGAUGCAAAUCAGUGGGAUUGUCCUGUUUGUGCAUUUAGAAACGAAAGUGACAUAGUUAUGUGUAUAGGAUGUGAAUACUUAAAAGAUUAA